GCAAAGAGAUAUGGUCUCUCCGAAGAUGAUGUCAUCUCCGUAGAAAGUAAUUGUUGUCAAUGAGUGCUUUCUGGCGUACUAAUUAGUAUAUUUAUUGGUUCCCAUUGCAUUUGCAAUACCCUUUAGUGUAAUCGAAGUUAUUAGCCGUGCGUUGCUAGCCUCCAAGGAGGAGCAUCACACCUGUUGGAAAUCUCCGAAGAUGACGUCACAGACGUGAAUACCCACAUCUCAAGACGAUCAUAGAAGGGGACAAAUAUCAUCAACAAACCAUAGAUAAUAUCGAGUAAUUACCAUCGUUACACCAUCCAUUUUGUGAUGGAUAGCGAUGAAGAUUUCUUCCAGGAUGACCCGGAAUCCGAGAGUUCAGAAUAUGAUGAUCUGCCCAUGGAAAUGGAGAACGCAGAGUCAUCCGCUCAGGAAAAACAAGAAGAAGAGGAUUUCCAAUAUGAAGUUUUGACCGCUGAUCAAAUUGUGCAGUAUAUGGUCGACUGUAUAAAGGAAGUGAACUCAGUAGUUCAGAUACCAGCAACAAUUACAAGGAUCUUGUUAAACCACUUCAGGUGGGACAAGGAGAAAUUGAUGGAAAGAUACUAUGAUGGGGAUCAAGAAGGUUUGUUCUCUGAAGCUCAUGUCAUCAACCCUCACAAGAGAGAAUCCCGUAGCAAAGACUCAAAGAGGACAACACGGUCUGCUGCAGCUGCUGUGGAAGAUGAGUGUUGUGAGAUCUGUUGUGUGGAUCAGAAACCAGGUGAGGAGAUGACAGGGCUGGAGUGUGGCCAUCGGUUCUGUACAACAUGCUGGGCAGAUUACCUCACUGCCAAGAUCAUGGAUGAGGGCAUGGGACAGACCAUCACAUGUGCUGCCUACGGUUGUGAUAUUCUCGUAGAUGAUGCUACUGUAAUGUCACUCAUUAGCGAUGCCAAAGUCAAGUUAAAAUAUCAACUCAUUAUAACAAAUAGUUUUGUAGAGUGUAAUAGGUUACUACGAUGGUGCCCAGCACCGGACUGUGGACACGUAGUCAAAGUGGGCUACUUUGACAACAAGCCAGUCACCUGUAUCUGCAGUCACACAUUCUGUUUUGCAUGUGGAGAGAACUGGCAUGACCCGGUCAAAUGCAAAUGGCUAAGAAAGUGGAUCAAGAAAUGUGAUGAUGAUAGUGAAACCUCCAACUGGAUAGCUGCAAAUACUAAGGAAUGUCCAAAAUGUCAUGUGACAAUUGAGAAGGACGGUGGCUGCAACCACAUGGUGUGUAAGAAUCAAAACUGCAAAGCUGACUUCUGCUGGGUGUGCCUUGGGCCUUGGGAGCCUCAUGGAUCUUCAUGGUACAACUGUAACAGAUACAAUGAAGAUGAAGCCAAAAAAGCCAGAGAUGCACAGGAGAAGUCCAGAGCAGCACUACAACGGUACCUGUUCUACUGCAAUCGCUACAUGAACCAUAUGCAGAGCCUUAAGUUUGAACACAAGCUAUAUGCCUCUGUGCGGGCCAAGAUGGAGGAGAUGCAGCAACAGAACAUGUCCUGGAUCGAGGUGCAGUUUCUGAAAAAGGCUGUGGAUGUUCUGUGCCAGUGCCGUCAGACACUCAUGUACACAUAUGUCUUCGCCUUCUACCUGAGAAAGAACAACCAGUCCAUCAUAUUUGAGGACAAUCAGCGAGAUCUGGAGACAGCAACAGAGCAGCUGUCUGAGUAUCUGGAGAGGGACAUUUCUUCUGAUGUACUGCAUGACAUCAAGCAGAAGGUCCAGGAUAAAUACAGAUAUUGUGAGAGCCGUCGCAAGGUGCUUUUGGACCAUGUACAUGAAGGCUAUGAGAAAGAUCUAUGGGAAUACAUCGAAGACUUCCCCUGAUGUCUCUGCUGUACUCGCAACAUUUGGACACCUUUAUCCUGUUUUAACCAAUUGAGAACAUGUUUGAAAAUUCUGAGCUUCACAUUUGAGUUGUUGUUUCACAAGGCAGUACGCUACUAAACCUGUCAACCCUCCCUUUUCCUCACGGAGAUUGUGGCCAUUUGGAAUGUUACUGCCAAAUUCUGAGACAGUUCAGAAAAUUGUUUGAUUAAAACUCACUUUUGAUGUCUGA